AUGGCUACGAAGUUGGAAUCCAGAACCGAGACUCUAAAGGUAAUUUCCAAUAAAACUGCGUAUCACUGUUUUCAAGUGACAGAAGGUGAGCACGAUGUUGCUCGUAUAAAACGGGCAUUUGGUAGUUCUGCACCACCCUGUAACAGGACGAACGGCGUUUACUUAGAAAGAUGGGAUAGAAUUGAUUACAAACGAAUCAGGUUUCUACUCGCGGAUCCGCGAUAUCCAAACCUGCCAAGUUUUACCACAUGUGUGCCAACAUUUGAACAGCCUGCUAACUGGGGAGACUUCUUUGGCUCUCGUUUAAGAACUUAUUUCGUCCCUCUUCAAACCGGAAACCAUUACUUCUUUCUGUCUUCUAACGGUGGAAGUGAACUUUUUCUAAGUACAAAUGAUAAGCCAGAUGGUAAAACUAAGAUUGUUGAAGUAGAUGGAGGAUUCCCCAGCGACCAAUAUGAAUACGACAGAUUCUUAAAUCAAAAGUCCCUGCCGGUAUCUUUGAAAAAGGGUCUUUACUACUACAUGGAAGCAAUCAUGAAGGACGAUCAUCAAUGGGACCACUUGGAAGUUGCUUUACAGACACCAGAUGGAAAGUUUUAUAAGGUGAUUCCCGCUCAGUUCUUAUGGACAACAAACCGUCUAUCUGCAUAUCAGAAUGCCACCUAUCAGGCAAUUAUACUUAAGGUGGCGGCAAAGGCGGGUGCUAAAGCUGGUUCAUCAUUUGGAGCAAGAUGGGCGAUGAAAACUGGAGCUCACGCUGGAGCAAACGCUGGUGCAAUAGCAGGAAUGGAAGCUGGAGCAUCAGCCGGUGCUCGUGCAGGUGAAAAAGCUGCAGCCGAGACAACGACAAAAAUGCUGGAAGACGCACUGAACACCCUUCAUGGUGACAACCUGCAUAAGUUUAAGAUAAUCCUCAAGAAUGGAAGUGUUAUCGAUGUAACUGGUCCUGGAAUGGUAGGUUCUCAAGCAGCAGGAUCCACUGGUGGAGCCAAUGCAGUAGGGGCCGGAGUGAGUGGAGGUGGAGGAGGAGCUAGUACUGGCGGCACACCAACAGGGGGAGCGGGAGCUCGAGCAGGUAUGGGAGGAGUGGGGGGUGGAACAGGUAUGGGAAGUGAAGCUGGAGGUGGGGCAGGUAUAGAAGGAGGAGCGGAAGGUGGUGGAGGAGGAAUGGGUGCAGGGGUGGUAGGUGGAGGAGGUAUGGGAGGAGGGCUUGGUGGAGGGGCAGGCUUGGGAGGUGGAGCAAGUGGUACUGCUGGAGGAGGCGUAGGCGGUGGGGUGGGGGCAGGGGCAGGGGUAGGGGCAGGGGCAAGUGCAGGUGCAGGUGCAGGAGCAGGAGGUGCUGGAGUUCAGUCCAUUACCGGGAGUGCUAAAGGCGGUGGAUCAUCAUCCCAAAUAAUCAGUGGGGCCAAAGGGGCAGCAGGUAUUGCUAGUGGAGCCAGUGGCGGUGUCCAAAUUUCAGGCCAAGAAAGUUAUACAACACAACGUGAAGUAACUUAUAUUCCAAAACAGGGCGAAGAUCCACAGGCCGUUGCUCGGGAAUUAGUCUGGAGAGUUGGAGGUGCAAGCAGACUUGUUGGUCAUGGAUUAUACACCAUCCAUGCAUAUAACAUUCCAUACUCGCAGGAAAAUGGUACACUCAACUACUGCUGGCGUGCAAAAGAUGGCGACCUCGGCUUAGGGCCUUUUUGCCAGGUUUUUAAAGCUCACAUCCCAGGGCUUUACAAACAUAUCAAAGAAAGAAACGAAACGGUGUCGUUUGAAUCACUCUGCUUGCCAGGGUUCUAUCUCAGACAAAAGAACUACCACUACAUUCUGCAGAAAAGAGACGGGUCAGACCUUUUUGAUAAGGAAAGUUCUUUUACUGCAUAUUCUGUGAUGAAGUUUACGCGCAAUAUCAUGUUGCAGUCCAUGCAUAAAGAUUGGUAUGUUUGCGACAAAGGGGAAAGAAAAUCGAUACAUUCAACCUCUGAGCUAAUGCUGGACUUUUACAAUGGUGACCCUGAUGUGCUUAGCCGGUGCACGUUUUUAUUCCAUCCUAUAGCUCAAAAUGAAAAUAAAUACAAAAUGUGCCAGAACGUUUUAGGGCCAGUGGAACAUCCCCACAUAAGUGGACAACCUCUACCGCACCCCCCUCACCUGAUUUCAAACAAACCUGCCUCAUCCUCUGCACUUCCUUCUUGUAUACCGAUAUGUCCACCAGGCACUAUAGGUACAAUACCAGGACAACCAACAAAUUUAAAGCUAUCGAAUAAACCUCCUGCACCAACUGGGAGUAUGAGCCUUCCCUCGAGACCUGCUGUUAAUACAGUUAAGAAGGCCUGUGUGGCGGUGAACUUUGUAAACAAUAUGGGAUCACCGUUCAAGCUUUUCUCCUCACUCAAACAUGAGGGAUACCUAGUCACUGGUUCAGGAAUUAGACUUAAACUCAUAAUAGAGAGACCUGAACUCCACAGCUACGUGACGUUCAAUGCUGUGGAUCCGCAUGGAAAGACUAACAUCCUCCUGAACGAGAAACCAAGUAUUUCAGAGCCAGCUGUGGUGGGAUGUCCUGUGUUCGUGAAUGUAUUAGUUACAGCUGAGCAAGUUCACUCUGGUACAGCUCCAGCAGCCCCUGCAUCGCCUUCUCUCGUACCUCCCACGUCAGAAGGUGCAUACCAUUAUCAUCACCACCCUUCUGCCGUUCCAUCACCAGUGGGCCCAGCAGUUUCAAAACCUUCAGCACAGCAAGUAACUACACCCAAGGAAGUCUGUCCUAACACAUGCCUCACCUCUGGAGAAUGUCAUCCCAUUUGUCCAUCACAGUGCUGCAAACGAAACUUACCCGUGGAAACAUCGGGUGAAGAAGGAGACGACGAUAUCACAGUGGCGUAA